AUGACAAAAUCCAAUGACCUACCGCCAUCGCGUGAGCGAGUUGUGCCAGGUUCAUGCAACAUCGAACCUGGCGAAUUCCCUAAGACUAUGUCGGAGUCUGAGUCAGAUGUUCCCCUAGACCCGAAUACUGUUGCAGAUAGAAUCAUCAACCAGCUGAACUCGAGCCUCUCAGCCAGAGACAAGGCCGCCGUUGCAUCACUGUUUCUCGAGAAUUGCUACUGGCGUGACCACUUGUGCUAUUCAUGGGACUUCCACACCCUCGAGGGCAGUCAAGCUAUCGCUGCCUUUGUCACCGAGGCACCGCCCAGCAAAAUCGAAAUCGACCGAUCGUCUGACUUGAAAUCCCCACAUAAGGCUCCUAUUGAUUUCUUUGGUGAUGUUUUCGGAAUCGAAUUUUACAUCAAAGUCACUACCGAGAAUGGACAGGGAAAUGGUAUUAUAAGAUUGGCGGAACAUGAGGGCAACUGGUACAUUUUCACCGUCUUCACUUCCCUGAUUGAAUCAAAGGGCUACAAGGAGAACAAGGAGAGACCAUUUGGUGUCCGACACGGCGAGCAGCAAGGUCGAAAGAACUGGAGAGAUCGACGUAUUGAUGAGAUUAACUUUGAAGGAAAGGACCCUGUGGUAUUGAUCAUUGGUGCUGGCCAGGGUGGCUUGACUGCUGCGGCGCGUCUCAAGAUGCUCGAGAUCGACACCCUCGUCGUCGACCGAGAAGAAAGAAUUGGAGACAACUGGCGUCGGCGAUACCACCAACUCGUUCUCCACGAUCCAGUGUGGUACGACCACAUGCCCUACUUACCUUUCCCGGCCGACUGGCCCGUCUAUACACCAAAGGAUAAGCUAGCGGAUUUCUUCGAAACCUACGUUAAGUUCAGAGAGCUUAAUGUUUGGACCCAAACCGAGAUCAAAUCUUCAUCAUGGGACGAGAACGAGAAGAGAUGGACGGUUGUUCUCGAGCGCAAGACAGAAAACGGAACUGAGACGCGCACUUUGCACCCGCGGCACGUCAUCCAAGCUACUGGCCACUCUGGCAAGAAAAACAUGCCUGUUUUCAAAGGAAUGGAUGAUUUCAAGGGAGAUCGUUUGUGUCACAGCUCGGAGCAUCCUGGCGCCAAUGCCGACUCAAAGGGGAAAAAGGCCAUUGUCAUUGGAUCUUGUAACUCGGCAAACGAUAUCGCCCAGGACUUUGUCGAGAAAGGGUACGAUGUGACCAUGGUGCAGCGAAGCUCUACCUGUGUGAUAUCGUCUGAAUCUACUUUGGAAAUUGCCUUCAAAGGGCUCUAUGACGCAAGCGGCCCACCAACCGAGGACGCCGAUCUUCAUAUGUGGAGCAUGCCAUCGCGUCUGUUCAAAGCGCAACAAGUCAAAGUCACCAAGCUCAUAAACCAGAACGAUGCAAAGACCAUUCAAGGAUUGGAAAAGGCAGGCUUCAAGGUUGACAGCGGACCCUCGGACAGCGGUCUCCUAAUGAAGUACUUCCAGCGCGGAGGCGGUUACUAUAUUGAUGUCGGUGGAAGCCAGCUCAUUAUCGAUGGGAAGGUAAAGGUGAAGCAUGGCCAGGAAAUUAGCCAAGUGCUUCCCCAUGGACUCCGGUUUGAGGAUGGCUCAGAGCUCGAAGCCGAUGAAAUCGUGUUCGCUACUGGGUACCAGAAUAUGAGAACCGAGACUCGCGUGAUAUUUGGCGACAAGGUUGCUGACAGGGUUGGUGAUAUCUGGGGACUUGAUAAAGAGGGUGAAAUGCGGACUAUCUGGCGGCGGAGUGGUCACCCUGGAUUCUGGUUUAUGGGUGGGAAUCUCGCUCUUAGCAGAUACUACUCGCGUCUACUGGCAUUGCAGAUCAAAGCGCUGGAAGAGGGAUUGACUACUUGGUAG